AUGCGCAAGAUCAUGUCCAGCCUCCUCGCUCACCGCUUCAAGACCGCCGACUCCGCCCAGGCCUCAGAACGUGAACAACCUCCCCCUCAUGACGGUGAACACACAAAGGAGAUUCGUAUUCCCGCUUCCAGGCUCCCUACUUCCAACGGCCCCUUUGUAGCCAACUAUGCCUCUAACAACCUCACCCUAGGUGCUGGGGUUGCCAUCUUUCACCUUGCCACAGCCCGUGUAGUCCUCUGCUACCACAGCCGUGAAGGAUAUUAUUUCCUCCCCAAAGGCCGUAAGGAUGAGGGAGAGGAGGCUACAAAGGGUGCCGAACGUGAAGGUUAUGAGGAGUCUGGAUACAGAAAUCGUGUCUUACCGGUGCCCAUACCCCAUAGGCAGCCGAAGGCCCAUCACCCAGUGGAAGAGAUGAAGGUGCCAAACGAGGCAGUCUUCGCUACGGAGUCUGUGUGGAUGCAGUUGUUGCCGGUGAGUAGGAGGACGCAGUAUGUAUUGUUCUGGUAUAUUGCCGAGACUGUGCCGCCGGAGAUGGAGCGGGAGUUGAAUAAGAGGGGAAUGGAGAGCGGUGGAGCAUAUCAGCCGCCAGAUAAGUGGGAGAAGGGUUUGACCUUGAAGCAGAGGGUCAAUAUGGAGGUGAAGGGGUAUGAGCCUGUUAGGCACGAGGGUACAGGUGUUGAUGAGGAUGAAAAGCUGUACGUGAGUGCAUUGAUCGAUAUUGAGGAAGCCAUUCAGAAGCUGGGGCCGCAGAGUAUCAGUGGUGACGUAGUGAGGAAGGGCUGGGAGGCAAUUGAGAGAAGGAAGCAGAUGGAAGAGGUUUGA